AUGCGAGGUCUGCAACGAGUGUUUACUACUCAGUUGGUUAUAUGCUCGGUCAUUGGGUUGUUUCUGUUCUAUUGCUUCUGUUUGAUGAGAUACAGAUGGCCAAACAUAUAUGCUACGCGACUAUUUAGAAGAGCACAUAAUGCUAAGAUCAAACCCCUACCGAAACGAUUCUUUGGUUGGUUAAGUACUCUUUAUGCCAUAACUGAUGAUCAAGUAUUGGAGUUUAGUGGUUUGGAUGUUUAUGUCUACUUACAAUUCUUCAAAAUGGGUAUUCAAAUCUUUGCUGUGUUAUCAGUGUUAUCGGUGUUUGUUUUGAGUCCAGUCAGAUAUUACUUCACCGGUAAUUACGAUAAAGAUAACGUGUCAUUACUUGAUGAUGGCAAACCACCACCGAUGUCAACUGAUUUCCCUGCUUAUAUUUGGAUCUACCCUGUGGCAACGUAUACGUUCUCAAUUAUCUUGUACCAAUUUGUGUUUGCAACUACUAAACAAGUAUUGAAGGUCAGACAAAAAUAUUUGGCCAGUCAAAACUCUAUAACCGAUAGAACCAUUCGAUUAGACGGGAUUCCUAAUAGGUUAAUCAGAGAUAAUAAUCCAUUUGUUUUGAAAAAAUAUAUUGAAGAUUUGGGCAUAGGUAAAGUUGAAGGAGUCAAGCUUAUCUAUGACUGGACUCCAUUAUCCAAUUUGAUGGAGAAGCGUAAUUCUUUAUUAAAACAAUUGGAACGGUUAUAUACUUCAAUUUAUGGUUUGGAUUUGGAUGUCUAUAAUAACCAGAAAUCUCCUUCUUGUGUCAUCAAGUUAUUGGAUAAUUUCUACAACAUAUCUGACCAAACUCCCAUUAAUGCAAAGACUUCAGAGAAAGUCAAGUGUCUCUCAAAGGAGUUGCUUCAAGUUGAAUACAAAAUUAGAACAAUACAAAGUCAAUACAAUGUUACAUUGUCUACCAUUAAACAUAAAAAGAUCAAACUAUUAAGAUCGGCUUUCAUUACUAUGGAUUCUGUUGCCAGUGCUCAAAUGGCUGCUCAAACGGUAUUAGAUCCAAGACUUUAUAAAUUAUUUGUUACUUUGGCUCCGGCUCCCAAGGAUGUCUUAUGGAGUAGUUUCAAAUUGACGUCUUUGGAAAAGGUUUGUCAGAGUUAUUUUGUUACUUUCCUUAUUGUCAUAUCUUAUUUGUUUGUCAUAUUCCUUGUUACUCCAUUGACUACAUUAUUGGAUCCAAAGACUUUAUCCAAGUUUUGGCCCGCAUUGGGUGAGUUAAUUAACAAAUCAAAAUGGGCAACUACUUUUGUUACCGGUGUAUUACCACCAUUAUUGUUUUCACUCAUUAAUAUCUCCUUACCUUAUUUCUAUGCUUACUUGUCUAAGUUCCAAGGUUAUUCAUCUAAUGGAGAAGUUGAACUAUCAACAUUGCUGAAGAAUUUCUUCUUCAUCUUUUUUAAUUUGUUUUUGGUUUUCAUCGUUACAGGAACUGUGUGGGAUUAUUUAUCAUAUAUCAGUGACACUACAAAGAUUGCAUACCAAUUGGCUAAAUCAUUGAAGAAACUCCUGUUGUUUUAUGUUAAUUUGAUCUUACUUCAAGGUUUAACUAUGUUCCCCGUUAGAUUAUUACAAAUAAGUGAUUUCCUUGUUUUGAAUAUAAUUGGUAAACUCUUCUUUUUCAGAAGUCUUUUCUUAAGAACUCCCAGAGAUUAUAGAAGUUUUUAUUAUACCCCACAGAUAUUCGAUUUUGGUCUACAAUUGCCCCAACAUAUUUUGAUCUUUAUCAUUAUUUUAAUCUACUCAGUGGUACUGACAAAAAUUGUUUGCUCAGGUUUAGUUUACUUUGUCUUUGGAUAUUUUGUCUACAAAUACCAAUUGAUUUAUUGCUUUGUUCAUCCUCCUCAUUCAAGCGGGAAGGUAUGGCCAAUGAUUUUUAGACGGAUAAUGUUGGGUCUAAUAAUCUUCCAGAUAUUCAUGUGUGGUACCUUAGCUUUAGAAGGUGCAAUCUUGUUACUGGUUCUUGUACUGCCUUUAAUAGUCAUUACACUUAUUGUAUCCUGGCAUUAUGAAAAAUAUUACUUACCAUUAAAUGAUUUUAUUGCCUUGAGAGCCAUUUUGAACCCAUCAGAGUUUGAUGAUGAGAUGUUGGAAGAUGAACAUUCUGUUGAAGGAGCUAUUACCACUACACAUAGUGAAAGCACUACUCCCUCCCCUUUUAGUGGAGAAGGAGGUCCACCUUCGAUAGCAGUAUUGGACUCCAAUGAACGAGGAUCUAAUGCAGCCGAAGAUGAACUUAAUGGAAUAACAACUGUGGUAGACUCCAUGAGUGAAGAGAUACCUUUAUACAGACUGCUGACCAGACGGUCGACCAUUGAUGAGGAACGAGAAUUGUAUGCAGAUUAUACUUAUCCAUAUGUUUUAGAAGCACUUAAUGGGCCAUUAGUUGGGUUUGAAGGAGAUCUUGCGUAUUUAAUACGAUAUCCAGAUACAGAAGUUAAUGAUAUGGUAAGUAGCAGAUACGAUGAUGGUGAUCAAAGUGGAUAUGGUUCAACGGAAGUAAUUGAACCCACAGAUUUGGAAAUUGGUGAUGGUCAGAUUGUUAGAAAGGAGCUUCAUGUAGCUGAAUGGGAAUAG